GGGAGUUUUAGUUUGGUUUAAUGGCAGCUACGUUUGAUUUUGAAGAUGGGUUGAAGAUGAUAGAGGAGCUAACCACCAACUCCGAGCAAACACAAGAGCAAGUAUUAGGUCAAAUACUAAAGACAAAUGCAGGAACACAGUAUCUGAGUCCAUACCUCAAUGGCAAAACUGACAAGGAACUCUUCAAAACGAAUGUUCCCAUUGUUACUUAUGAAGAUAUUAAGCCUUACAUCAAUCGGAUUGCCAAUGGGAAUACAUCGAAUAUCCUUUCGACCGAAUCCGUCACCGAGUUCCAUCGAAGCAGCGGCACCUCAGGCGGGCAGCCAAAGUUGAUACCUGCCACGGCUGAUGUAUCUAAUCUAAGGACACUAUUUUUUACCCUACUGACAUCCGUGGCGAAAAAGCACUUCGGUAACAUAGAUCAGGAAGGUAAAAGAUUGGAAUUUAUGUUUACCAAACCAGAUACGGAAACUCCUUCUGGCCUCAAGGCAAGAUCUAGCUCAACAAGCUUUUACAAGGAUGAUGCCUUUACGAACAUUAUCUCCAAGCUUUAUAUAAGCCCUCUUGAGGCCAUCUUUUGCUCAGACACCAACCAAAGCAUGUAUUGUCAAUUACUUAUCGGUUUAAUACGGCGAGAUGAGGUCGUAACGCUUGGCUCAGUCUUUGCAUCCGUAGUUCUAAGAGCUAUCAAGUUCUUAGAAGAUUACUGGAAAGAGUUCUGCUCCAACAUAAGAUCAGGUCAAAUUAGUGAUUGGAUCACCGACUCCGGGUGCAGAAACGCAUUGUCUUUGGUCAUGAAGCCUGAUCCUCAAUUGGCUGAUUCAAUACAGAACAUAUGCAAUUGUAAAUCUUGGGAAGGAAUAAUCAAAAAGCUUUGGCCCAAAGCAAAGUUAAUCAGUGCCAUUAGUACAGGUGUUAUGCUUCAAUAUGUUGAAACACUCAAGUUCUACGGCGGAGGGCUCCCUUUGGUAUCAGGAUUUUAUGCUUGCUCUGAAGCAUUUUGCGGGAUCAAUUUGGAACCUCUAACUGAACCUUCCCACGUCUCUUUCACCUUUGUUCCCAACAUGGCUUACUUUGAAUUCCUUCCCAUCAACAAAGACAAUCCAACAAUGUCUCCAGUGGAUACAGAACCUGUUGAUCUUGUACAUGUUAAGCUUGAUCAUUAUUAUGAACUACUGGUCACAUCCUAUGCAGGAUUGUAUCGAUAUAAAGUUGGAGAUGUUCUUAAGGUGACAGGGUUCCAUAAUAGUACACCACAAUUCAAAUUCGUAGAAAGACAAAAUGUUAUUCUAAGCGUUGAUACAGAUAAAACAAGCGAGGAAGACCUACUAAAGGCAGUGACAGAUGCAAAGAUUCUUCUUGAUCCACUCGGAUUCAUGUUGAAAGGUUACACUAGCUACGCUGAUACAAGUUUGAUUCCUGGUCACUAUGUCUUUUUUUGGGAGCUCAAGGAAAAAGAAGGCAACGAUGGGCAAGUGCUUGAUCCUAAAAUAAUGGGAGACUGUUGCUAUAGGAUGGAAGAGUCAUUGGGAUAUAUAUACAGAAGCAAUAGGAAGCAAAAUGCAAUAGCAGCUUUGGAGAUAAGGGUGGUAAAACAAGGAAGUUUUGAUGCACUAAUGGAUUACUAUGUGUCCCGAGGAGCUUCUAUGACCCAAUACAAGUCACCUUCUUGCAUUAUCUCCCAAGAAGCCUUUAACAUCUUAGACUCCAAAGUGAUGGCAAAGUUUUUCAGCCCAAAAAUCCCUAUGUAAUCACUUGUAAUUUCCUCUUAUGCCUGCCUUU